AUGGCCCAGGAAAUGGAGUCUCUAAGGGAGGAAGUACAGAAUAUUAGGGAACUAGUGCACCUGGCCGUGACAACGCUUCCUCAACCACCUUCCUACCCUUCUUUGGAUUCAAUCCCUGACCACUUCCCUACUACAUCACGCCAAAACAACAACACCCCACCUUCAUCUCCUACCAGUCAAACACCAAGAAACCCGCCUAUUACUACCAAUGCAACUCACACCUUUCCUCAUGGUGGAGUCACUUUUACUACUAACCAACACAUACCUGUGGUACAUAUUGUCGCCCAUGAGCGGUACGUUCCCCUUGUAUAUGCCACUUCAGAACCUACAUUUACAGCACUUGUCACGGUCAGGGUGCCUUAUGAGAUUGUCCAAUACGCCAAAAUCGAGAGGGAAGCCAGGCGUAAGGAAGAAGAGUUAGUAUCUGAGCAGUUGCAAAUCUUGAGAAAGAAAAUGAAGAGCCUCCAAGUUGCCCGAGGAAGUGAAAGUUUGGACAAUGAGGAUUUGUGUAUUCAUCCGGAUGUGGAUAUGCCAGCAGGGUAUAAGCCCCCCAAGUUUGAUAUCUUCGACGGGACGGGUGAUCCCCACGCAUAUUUGAGGGCAUAUUGUGACAUGUUAGUCGGAGUGGGGAGGAAUGUGAAGCUAAGGAUGAAGUUAUUUAUAAGAAGUUUGACGGGAGAACCACUCACCUGGUAUACUCGACAGGAUCCGCAAAAUUGGAGAACUUGGCAAGAUAUGGCGGAGGACUUCAUGAAUCAUUUUUGA